AUGCUUCCUCCGCAAUCCCCGAGGUAUUACUCCCUCUCAACUUCUCCUCUAGCGCGCGGGAGCAGGAAAGGAAAGAUCCUGGUCUCUGUGUGUGAAAAUGUGCUGCAUCGGAAGGGCAGGAGCGCUCCUGUGAGGCGUCGAGGGUUGUGCUCGGGAUACCUCGAGGACUUGUCUCAUGUGGCGAAGGAGAAGGGAAAGCUGAUCACGUUGGAAUGCUUUCUGAGACCGUCCAAUGACUUUCAUUUGCCGAAAGAUCCCCGCACGCCGAUGAUGCUGGUCGGGUUUGGGACGGGAGUUGCGCCUUUCCUUGGUUUUCUAGAGCAUCGU